UUCCGGGCCUCGCCGCGGACUCGCCGCGGACUUCGCCCCCGGAGGCCGCCCCUGGGCCCGGGAGGGCGGCGGGGAGAUGAGCACACACUCGGCACCCGCGCGGCGAGCCGUGCGGCCUGGGGACAUCUGUGACAACAGUCUUCUCUAAUUGAACUUUUUCAAGAUUCUCUGAAGGAGCCAAUAGGAUUUUUUUUGCACCAUGACUUAAUCUGAAUACAAGAACAAAAAUUAAUUUUAUUUAUAUGUAUAAUGAAGGGCUGUGUAUGAACACUGACCCUCAAUCAAUUCUAAUGAGCGUUUUAGACAUGAGUUUACAUCGGCAAAUGGGUUCAGAUAGAGAUCUUCAGUCUUCUGCCUCAUCUGUGAGCUUGCCUUCUGUCAAAAAGGCACCCAAAAAGAGAAGAAUUUCAAUAGGCUCGCUCUUUCGGGGGAAAAAGGACAACAGGCGUAAAUCAAGGGAGCUCAAUGGCGGGGUGGAUGGAAUUGCAAGUAUUGAAAGUAUACAUUCUGAAAUGUGUACGGAUAAGAACUCCAUUUUCUCUACAAAUACCUCUUCUGACAAUGGAUUGACUUCCAUCAGCAAACAAAUUGGAGACUUCAUAGAAUGUCCUUUGUGCCUAUUGCGGCAUUCUAAAGACAGGUUUCCCGAUAUAAUGACAUGUCACCAUAGGUCUUGUGUGGAUUGCUUACGACAGUACCUAAGGAUAGAAAUCUCUGAAAGUAGAGUUAAUAUCAGUUGUCCAGAAUGUACCGAACGGUUUAAUCCCCAUGACAUUCGCUUGAUAUUAAGUGAUGAUGUCUUAAUGGAAAAAUAUGAAGAGUUUAUGCUUCGACGAUGGCUUGUUGCAGAUCCUGACUGUAGGUGGUGUCCAGCUCCAGACUGUGGAUAUGCCGUGAUAGCGUUUGGAUGUGCCAGCUGUCCCAAACUAACCUGUGGGCGAGAAGGCUGCGGGACAGAGUUCUGCUACCACUGUAAGCAGGUCUGGCACCCAAACCAGACCUGCGAUGCGGCUCGACAAGAGAGAGCCCAGAGUUUACGCUUAAGGACGAUACGUUCUUCAUCCAUUAGUUACAGCCAGGAGUCUGGAGCAGCAGCUGAUGAUAUAAAGCCGUGCCCACGGUGUGCUGCUUACAUAAUAAAGAUGAAUGAUGGGAGCUGCAAUCAUAUGACAUGUGCUGUCUGUGGUUGUGAGUUUUGUUGGUUGUGUAUGAAAGAAAUAUCCGAUUUACAUUAUCUAAGUCCAUCAGGCUGUACUUUCUGGGGGAAGAAACCCUGGAGCCGGAAGAAGAAGAUCCUGUGGCAGCUGGGGACCCUUGUGGGCGCUCCGGUCGGGAUCGCGCUGAUAGCCGGCAUUGCCAUCCCUGCCAUGAUCAUUGGCAUCCCUGUGUAUGUGGGCCGCAAGAUUCAUAAUCGCUAUGAAGGCAAAGAUGUUUCAAAACACAAGCGGAAUCUGGCCAUAGCAGGUGGUGUAACGCUGUCUGUAAUUGUAUCUCCGGUGGUAGCUGCAGUGACUGUAGGCAUUGGCGUUCCCAUUAUGUUAGCCUAUGUUUAUGGCGUUGUUCCCAUUUCCCUCUGCCGAAGUGGGGGUUGUGGAGUCUCCGCAGGCAAUGGGAAAGGAGUGAGGAUCGAGUUUGAUGAUGAGAACGACAUAAAUGUUGGUGGAGCUAACACGGCGAUGGAUACAACAUCAGUAGCAGAAGCAAGGCACAACCCCAGCAUAGGAGAAGGGAGUGUUGGUGGUCUGACUGGCAGUUUGAGUGCAAGCGGAAGCCACAUGGAUCGAAUUGGCACCAUCAGAGACAACCUGAGUGAGACAGCCAGCACCAUGGCACUAGCUGGGGCUAGCAUAACAGGAAGUCUGUCGGGAAGUGCCAUGGUCAGUUGUUUCAACAGGUUGGAGGUGCAAGCAGAUGUCCAGAAGGAGCGGCACAGUCUAAGUGGGGAGUCCGGCACCGUGAGCCUGGGGACAGUGAGUGACAGCGCCAGCACCAGAGCAAUGGCGGGCUCCAUCCUCAACUCCUACCUCCCUCUGGACAGAGAAGGAAACAGCAUGGAAGUGCAAGUGGACAUCGAGUCAAAGCCGUUCAAGUUCCGGCACCACAGUGGCAGCAGCAGUGUGGAGGACAGCAGUGGUGCCCGGAGCCACACCGGAGCGCCAGCCGGUGCACUGCCUGAAGGGAAGUCUGGUGCCGCCAAGUGGUCCAAAGAAGCUACCGCAGGGAAAAAAUCAAAAAGUGGCAAAUUGAGGAAAAAGGGGAACAUGAAGAUCAACGAGACCAGAGAGGACAUGGAUGCGCAGUUACUGGAACAGCAGAGCACGAACUCAAGUGAAUUUGAGGCGCCGUCCCUCAGUGACAGUAUGCCAUCUGUAGCCGACUCCCACUCUAGUCAUUUUUCUGAAUUUAGCUGUUCAGACUUGGAAAGCAUGAGAACGUCGUGUAGUCACGGUUCCACGGAUUGUCACGCCCGCUUUGCGACUGUGAACACCCUUCCUGAGGUGGAAAAUGACCGUCUGGAGAAUUCACCCCAUCAGUGCAGCAGUUCUCUGCUUUCCAAAACUGCUGCCUGUUCAGAAGGCCCGCAGCCGAAUCGUGUGGAAGAGCACGGCCCCGGCAGAAGCGGGGUGAAGCCUAGUGGGGAUCUGUGCUUUGGCGAUGCACUGAAAGAAACAAAUAACAACCACCCACAGCAGACAGUGGACCUGAAGGUUGCCAUUCAGACUGAAAUUUAGGCCCGUAAUGCUGCAGAGUAAUAACCACUGAACAGCCUUGUUUGGAACUGGUUGAGCCAUGCGCGACUGUUAGGUUUAAGUUACCAGCAAAAGCCAGGUUUCAUAAUCAUAAUGCAAAUACAUUUUGUAUGUUCAGCAAAGCAUUGUGUUUCAUGUGGAUAUUAAUUACCAAAUUAUGAAAUGAAGGCUUUAAAAGUGCAUUAUUAUGAGAAUCAUAACUUAAGCAAAAGGCAUGUUUUGUGUUCUUGUCACAGAACACUGCUGAUGCACACACCUGUGUAUUUAAGAUAGAAGUUGGCUUCGUUAUAAUCAGACGAUCCUCACGCUGUUCUACUGCGUUCUUAAGGAAAAUGGAGGCUUGGGGUGAGUGGUUAGUGACAUUUUAUUGAAACCACUAAGGAUGGUGUUUGGAGGACCUCGGCAGGUUACUCGGGGUGUGAUGCUCUUCGUAACGUUUCUCUUCUAGCUGAGCUUCCGUUUCCUUGUUUCUUCACCUGCAGUGUGGAGACAAAGCUUCAUGCAGCCCGUUGUAACCAUUGGAUACUUAGACACUUGAGCAAGAGUGUGGCAGUUUUUGCACAACUUUGAAGUAGAAAUACUUGGUACUGUUGCAUAGCUCAUCCGUUCUUAAUGCCAUUUUAGAAGAAAAAGGUAAAAGUAGUAAUUAAGUAUACUGACCACAACAACCACGACAAAAACUACACAAUGAAAUCCCAUUAGGACACAAGACCACCAAAGUCACCUUCACUGAGGGGAGUUGGUACCCUUUGACUCCUGGUGCCUUUGGGGGAGGCUGGGUUUUACAAGCCUAGUUAUUUGAGGAUUUUGCUAUAUCAUUUCCCAUAAUGUCUUCUCUAGUCACCUUGAAUUAUAUAGAAAAAUACAGGAAAUAGAUAAACGUGAAUGUGAUUAUUAACUAUGCUGAAAAAGUAUUCGCCUACCAAAGACACACUCAGGCUUUAGUAAAUUUAAUGUUACAUAACCUCAAUUUUUAACAUGUCUAUCUUUUUGAACCAUGAAAUCAAAGCAAUGCAGAGCUUGCACCAAGCUUCUUCAAAAGGUCCAUGGCUUUGUUUCCUUUGGCUUUGUUUAUGGAGGAUGCUCAGCUGACACAAGCGGAAGCUGGGCUCUCACCUUCCCACGUAACUCCUCCCAGCAGACUGACCUCACAGCAGUCCCAUGCUCCACCUUAGGUGUUGCUCUGAAGUAUUGCCAUGAUGGUGCUACUGAGCAUUUUCUUUUGAUAAAGGAAAAUGUCCCGGGCUGCAGUCUUUCACCGUCAUUUUCCUCACUGCGUCCAUUAACUUGCUUAUAUAACACUAGUGCCAGUUAUUUUAUUUGAUAAUGCUUAUUAUGGUAUUUGUACAUUUGUUUGCAUUCCAGUUUUGUUCAAUAAUGAGUGUGUAAACAGCAUACAUGAAAUAAAUGUAAAUACUAAUGAA